AUGUCAUCUGGAAGUGUUACUGUCGAAGUUGAAGAAGAAAAAAUAAAAGAACUAUAUUUGGCUAUUAGUCCAAACGGCAAUUUUGCAGUUGAAUUAGUAUUAUUCAAAAAUGAACCGGAUCCCAAAUUGAAAUACAAAUUUCGCAUGUAUGAAAUUAUUAUUAAGUCGGAUAAAGAUGAUAAAGAUGACCACUCGAAUCUGAAUUAUGAUGAUAGUUAUUCGGAUAGAAAAUUUUCUCAUAUUUCUAACUCAAAAACAUUUAAAUUUACAGAAAAACAAUAUGAGUUAAUUACAUCUGAAAAUGCAUUGAGUUGGUCUAUUGCUGUAUCAGAUGGAUUUAGCGGUGAUUGGCCACAUAAAUCAGUUGUUAGAUUAUUGGCGAUAUCUUGUAUAAGCGAGGAUGAUAUGUCACCUAAAGAAUACACUAAGAAAGAUAGCUCUAAAAAAGAAGAAACUAAAAGAGAAGAUACUAAAAAAAAGGUGACACCAGGGUUUACCAUCGUUUUUCCUAUUAAAAAAGAUAAUUCUAUUGGAGAAAAAGUGAGGGAAUAUAACGAAUUUGGCGGAAUAGUCAAAUUGUUUUCAAGAGAUGAUCACGGUAAGAAGCAGAAUAUGCCAAAUAUGCCGAAUAUGCCGAAUAUGAAACAAUUCUUUCUUAACAUUUUAAAUGUCAAUGGGAUUUAUAAAAACUUUGUCUUGAUUCCGAGUGCUAAUAAAAUGUGUAAGAAAUUUAGAUAUCCAAAGCGAACAUAUAAUGCCCUGAGUUAUAAUAGUAAAUUGGCAGAAGCUGGUUUUAGCAUGAAAUAUAUUACAAGAUGUUUGAAUCAGCAUUAUUUUUUAGUUGAUACUACACGUGAGGGUGCACGAUACAUGGAGCUUUAUGAUUUAAGGACAAACCAAUUA